GGGUGGCUGAGCUCUACUUCCCUCUCUUCCCUAUAUAAACCAACCUACCCUCCCCUCCGAUUUUCCAGCAUUCCAUUUCCGAUUCCCGAUUUGACAAUUCCACCUCUUCUCACUAACUCGCCCGAGUCAGUGAGUCCUUCAGCCUUCUUCGUUGGCAGGUUCCUUUGACUCUACACCAUGGCCACCGGGCAACUAUUCUCCCGUACGACACAAGCUUUGUUUUACAACUACAAGCAACUCCCGAUUCAGCGGAUGCUCGAUUUUGACUUCCUUUGCGGGAGGGAAACACCAUCAGUUGCUGGAAUCAUUAACCCUGGUGGCGAUGGAUUUCAGAAACUCUUUUUCGGUCAGGAGGAAAUUGCCAUCCCUGUGCAUUCAACUAUUGAGGCAGCUAGUGCUGCACAUCCUACUGCUGAUGUCUUUAUCAACUUUGCAUCGUUUAGAAGUGCUGCUGCUUCAUCCAUGGCCGCUUUGAAGCAACCAACCAUUCGAGUUGUGGCUAUCAUUGCGGAAGGUGUUCCAGAGUCGGACGCUAAGCAAUUGAUCGCAUAUGCACGUGCAAAUAAUAAGGUUGUUAUUGGCCCAGCUACCGUUGGAGGCAUUCAAGCUGGGGCUUUUAAGAUAGGUGACACUGCUGGAACAAUUGAUAAUAUAAUUCAAUGCAAGCUCUACAGGCCUGGAUCUGUUGGUUUUGUCUCCAAAUCUGGUGGGAUGUCUAAUGAAUUAUACAAUACUAUUGCCCGUGUUUCUGAUGGAAUUUAUGAAGGUAUUGCAAUUGGAGGAGACGUGUUCCCAGGCUCCACUCUUUCUGAUCAUGUUUUGCGGUUUAACAACAUCCCACAGGUUAAAAUGAUUGUUGUUCUUGGGGAACUUGGUGGACGAGAUGAGUAUUCCCUGGUUGAAGCCCUGAAACAGGGGAAAGUGAAUAAACCAUUGGUUGCUUGGGUUAGUGGAACUUGUGCACGACUCUUCAAGUCUGAAGUACAAUUUGGUCAUGCUGGGGCUAAAAGCGGUGGUGAGAUGGAGUCUGCUCAAGCAAAAAAUCAAGCACUAAGAGAAGCUGGAGCUAUUGUUCCCACGUCAUAUGAAGCUUUAGAAGCUGCAAUUAAGGAAACUUUUGAGAAGCUGGUUGAAGAGGGGAAGACUACACCAGUAAAGGAAAUUAAGCCUCCACAAAUCCCUGAGGAUCUUAGCACUGCCAUCAAGAGUGGGAAAGUUCGCGCCCCAACUCAUAUUAUUUCUACCAUCUCUGACGAUAGGGGUGAAGAGCCAUGCUAUGCUGGUGUGCCAAUGUCUUCGAUUGUUGAAUCGGGUUAUGGUGUUGGUGAUGUUAUCUCUCUUUUGUGGUUCAAACGCAGCCUUCCCCGUUACUGCACACAUUUUAUUGAGAUAUGUAUCAUGUUAUGUGCCGACCAUGGUCCUUGUGUAUCUGGUGCUCACAACACUAUAGUGACAGCAAGAGCUGGAAAAGACCUUGUUUCCAGCCUGGUCUCAGGUUUGCUUACAAUUGGUCCCCGAUUUGGUGGUGCCAUCGAUGAUGCUGCUCGAUACUUCAAGGAUGCUUCCGACAAGGGUUUGACACCUUACGAGUUUGUUGAAAGCAUGAAAAAGAAGGGCAUUCGCGUACCAGGAAUUGGGCACAGGAUUAAGAGAGGGGACAACAGAGAUAAGAGAGUAGAGCUGCUACAACUGUUUGCACGCACACAUUUCCCAUCUGUGAAGUACAUGGAAUAUGCUGUGCAAGUUGAAACAUACACGCUCUCCAAGGCAAAUAACUUGGUGCUCAAUGUAGAUGGUGCUAUUGGGUCCCUUUUCUUGGAUCUACUUGCCGGCAGUGGAAUGUUCACCAAGCAAGAGAUUGACGAGAUAGUUGAGAUUGGCUAUCUGAAUGGGCUGUUCGUGCUGGCUCGCUCCAUUGGUCUGAUUGGGCACACCUUUGACCAGAAGAGAUUGAAGCAGCCGCUAUACCGCCACCCAUGGGAGGAUGUUCUCUACACCAAGUGAAAGCACUUGCGUUUGCUUUGCGUCGACCAUGCUGUCAACUAGCGUUUUUCUCUUCCAAGUUUCUGCAAUCUGCUGAAAUGAUUGUCCGAUUGUUAGACUAGUGUUUGUACUGCUCAUGCCAAGCUGAUGAGUAUCUUCAUUUGUAAGUUGUAUCAAAAUUCAUAAGAGUGAAACCUCCCAAAUCGUUUGUUAAACAAAGUUACUACGUUUCCAUUAAGAAAUCCUUCCUGCUUU